GACGGCGUCCUACAUGAGAAAGGCGCGAGGAAGGAUGGACCACUUCCUCAGGAAACACCUGGCUUUCCUCACCAACUUCUGGAACAAGUUUCUGCCCAAUGGCGUCCCGAGCAACCACUCCCUGGAUUUCUUGGAGCCGGACCUGGGGUCCUUAAAUCCAACGCAGGACCCCAAGGCAGCCGGGCCCAGUUCUUCUCUUUUUGGUGUCUUGUACGACUUCACGGCCCGGAGCGCGGACGAACUGAGCGUCAACCGGGGAGACAAGCUUUGCGUCCUCAAAGAAGAGGGGGAGUACGUGUUAGCCAGGCGGCUUUCCGGGGAGCCGGUCGUCGGCUACGUCCCUGCCAAUUACAUCAGCAAAAUCAAUCAAGAGUCGGUCGCUCAGCCGGCCUGGUACAUAAGCGGCAUCAGCAGAAACAAAGCCCAGCUCCUUCUCCUCUCGUCACCGAAUCGGCACGGCUCCUUCCUUGUCCGGGACAGUGAGAGUAACAAGGGCGAAUAUUCUCUGUCAGUUCGGAACCACGCCAAAGUGAGACAUUUCAGAAUCUACAAGGAUCCUGAAGGAAGUUUAUACUUGGAAAAGGAACACACGUUUCCUAAUCUGGAACAGCUCCUGUCUUAUUACACGGUCAACUGGAAAGUCAUUCAGAGUCCUUUGCUUCAUCCUUGCGUCCAAAAGAGGUCUACGGAGACAGACCAAUGGGAACGGCCCCGUUCAGAAUUCACGCUGUGGAGGAAGAUGGGAGAAGGAUGCUUUGGAGAGGUGUGGGAAGGAAUGUGGAAGAACACGGUGCCAGUGGCCAUCAAAAUCAUGAAACAAGCGAACAUGCGGGACGACUUCGCCAAGGAGAUCCAGAACUUGAAAAGCCUGAAGCAUGCGCGGCUCAUCAAACUCCUGGCGAUCUGCUCGGUCAGCGAACCCGUGUACAUCGUCACGGAGCUAAUGAGGAAGGGCAAUUUGCACAGCUACCUCCACAGUAUAGCAGGGAAGGAACUCACCAAGCAUCACCUACUCAGCAUCUCCUGCCAGGUGGCUGACGGGAUGACGUACCUGGAAGAGCAGCAUGUAGUUCACAGAGAUUUGGCAGCCAGAAACAUUCUGGUGGGAGACGACCUGGCUUGCAAAAUCGCUGAUUUCGGCCUUGCUAGACUCCUCAAGGAUGAUAUUUAUUCCACCAGCGGCAACGCCAUGAUCCCCGUAAAAUGGACGGCCCCAGAAGCAGCUGUUUACCAGACCUACUCCCUCAAAUCAGAUGUUUGGUCUUACGGGAUUUUUCUCUACGAAGUUUUUACAUAUGGGCAAAGCCCCUACGAAGGGAUGACGAAUCAAGAAACAAUCCAGCAGAUUACCCGUGGCUACCGUCUCCCCCGGCCUAACAACUGCAGUUCUGAAAUAUACAGCAUCAUGCUAGACUGCUGGAAAGCUAACCCUGACGACAGACCGACUUUUCUUACCUUGAGGGGGAAGCUCUUCUCUGUUUACAAAUGGUCGCAUCACUCGUUCUCUUGA